UGGACUGGUCGACCCCAACACCUACAAUCUUCUUUGAAAUCCGCUCAAUAGCCCUCGUCCUAUUCCGCAGCAUGAAGCUUCUUUCAACCAGUCUCGCCGCCCUCUUGGGACUUGCGCACCUCGGCGCUGCCCAGAAGGUCUCUGGCGCCGCUCAGGGUUUCGCCUCCGGUGUUACCGGUGGUGGUGAUGCUGAAGGACAAGAGCCCAGCGACAUCGACCAGCUCAAGGAGUGGCUGACCGACGACACCCCCCGUGUCAUUCUCCUCUCCAAGGAAUACGACUUCACCGAAUCCGAGGGUACCGACAGCGGAAACGUCUGUGCCUCUUGGGGCGAGGGAGAGAGCUGCCAGAAGAUCAUCCAGGACGACUGUGGCAGUGACCCUGCCUCCACUGGCACCUGGUACAAGGCCGCGAAGACCCCCAUCGAUGUCGCCUCCGACAAGACCCUCCUUGGUGUCGGAGACAGCGCCGCCAUCAAGGGUAAGGGUCUGCGAUUCCGCGGUGAUGUCUCCAACAUCAUCGUCCAGAACAUCCACGUGACCGACCUGAACCCUGAAUACGUCUGGGGAGGUGAUGCUAUCACCUUCGACGGCGCCGAUCAGAUCUGGAUUGACCACGUCACGACCGCUCGCCCUGGUCGCCAGCACUACGUCUUCGGCUUCAACCCCAGCAAGCGUAUCACCCUCUCCAACAACUUCAUCGACGGCGAGAGCCCCUACUCGACCGGCUGCGGCGACAAGCACCACUACUGGACCUUCGAGAUGGUCGGCGAAGACGACCAGAUCACCCUCCAGAACAACUACAUCUUCAGCACCGCCGGCCGCAGCCCCGCCCUCAGCGGCGGCACUCUCCUGCACGCCGUCAACAACGUCUGGGAGGACAACAACGGCCACGCCCUCGAGGGCGGCGACGACGGUGCCCGCGGCAUCUUCGAGGGUAACGCUUUCAUCAGCGUCAACCAGGUCAUUGGCGACUACGCUGGCCGCAUCUUCACGGCCCCUGAGUCUGCCCUUGACCAGUGCCAGUCUGCCCUGGGCCGUGCCUGUGAGGCCAACGUCGUCUCUGACUCGAACGACUUCACCGAGUCCACCGAUACUUCGUUCUUCUCUGACUUCGAGGGCCUGGAGAUUGCUCCUGCUACUUCGGCCAGCGAGGCCCAGUCUAGCGUUCCUAACAACGCGGGUGCUGGCAAGCUCUAAAUUAUCUCUGAUAAUACUUUGUACACUUUCUAAUGGGCUUAUCCCUUUACAUGGGAUGACUGAGUGCG